UUUCAUCCGAGGGAUGCAAGAUCUCUCUCGCCUGCCCGGAUGCGUUACACGCGCUGGCAAAGCGCUCGGUGCUGGGACGGGUGUCGGUAGCAGCAAUGCUGAAAGAGGAGGGCGUGUGCGUUACGAGCGCCCCGAAAGACAGCUAGCGUUUUUCAAACUUCUCUUCGAACCGUCGCUGAAAGUCGCAGGAGCCAAACACGCUUUGGAAGCCAUUGCGCACGUGUUUGGUCGCGGGGGUUUGGAGGAAUUUGCAUGACAAAAAGUGCCCAGGGAGGGUCCGAGGAGCAGAGGCCGUGUGUCAGUUGAAGGCUGGGUUGUGGCACGUCGGCAUCUCCAGCAAUUCCUUCUUUCCUGGCCAAGGUCAAGCUGUACGUUUGUCUGGAGCUCGGAUCCCUGGUGAAAUGGUUGCUCUUCCCACCGCUUUUCCCGCAGGUUAUGGAGACUGGAACUCUGGGACGAACCGAGGCUAUGAGGGAUACAAUUACGGUUAUGGAUACGGCCAGGAUAACUCGGGCAGUUAUGGAUACGGCAUGGCGACUUCCAACUCCUGGGAAAUGGCCAACUCGGACGUUGACAUGAACCCCGACGCCUCCGGUGGCGGCAACGCGGACGCCGUCAUAGCGAAAAUGAACCAGCGCUUGGACAUGGUGUCGCACCUGGAUACGGACACGAUGCAAGGAGGACACUACAGCUCUGGCGGAGACAGGUACGAUUCGUACGAGUCCUACGACUCGAGGUCUUCCCUGAACGAGCGUGAUCUGUACAGAUCCGGCUACGAUUACGGCGAGGCCGAACACGACAACGACAACGCCUACGAGGGUCACUACGACAACUUCUACGGGAACCGCAGGGACCAGUACCAGAACAGAGCGCGGGACAACUUUGGCCAGCGGGGUCAGAACUGGGCCAGAGACGGGCGCAAUAACAGACCCAUGGCGUCUUCGUACUCCGGGCGCAUGGGCGGACAGUGGAACGAGCCGCCCCAGUCGAUGGGAGCGCGGGGCCUCGGCCCCCACGGCUCCUCCAGGCUCCCGUCGCUCUUCUCCCACAACAUUAUCCCCGAACUCAGCAUGUUCCAGGGAAUGCGAGGUUUCUCUGGAAACAUGCGCUUUGGAGGAGGCAUGAUGAAGCAACGAAUGAGGAGAAACUGGAAAAUGUGGGACUCGGACUUUAAACUGCAGAAAAAGAAAAUCAAAAAGGACCCUACCGCGAAGAAGCGAAAGCAAACAAACAGCUCGGAUGAACCUGACAGCAAGGCGGCAAAAACCGACGGCUCCGAUAACUCGGAUUCUGACAACGAGGAGGGAACCGAAGGAGAAUCAGGAGAAAAAGAGGAGAAAGAGGGCUCCAGAGGUGAGGGGGAAGAUGAAGAAGGAAAAGAUUCUGAGAAAGGUGCUUUAACAAUUCAAGAAGAGAUCAGUCAAAUCAAACGCAAAUUGCAGGCGGGCAAGAAAACUCAAGAGCGGCAAAAGAAGAGGCAUCGGGAUCGCAUGGUAGAAAGCUGUCUCGGCAGGAUCCAGUUUGUUUGUUCGUUAUGCAAAUACCGGACCUUCUACGAUGAUGAGAUGAACAGUCACCUGGAGAGCAAAUUCCAUAAGGAACACUUCAAGUUUGUUGGGACCAAGCUGCCUCAACAAACAGCUGACUUCCUCCAGGAAUACGUUGCUAACAAAACUAGGAAAACCGAAGAGCGUCGUAAAGCAAUCGAAGACAUUAACGCAGUCAUUCAACAGAUUUAUAGGGACCAAGAUCUUACACAAGAUGUUGGCAUGGAGCAUUUUAUCAAGAAGGUUGAGGCUGCUCACUGUGCUGCUUGUGACCUCUUCAUCCCGAUGCAGUACGGCAUCAUCCAGAAACACCUCAAGUCCCUUGACCAUAACCACAACCGCAGGGCCAUGAUGGAGCAGUCCAAGAGAUCGUCGCUAGUAGUUGCAAGAAGUAUUCUCAACAACAAACUAAUCAGUAAGAAACUGGAGCGCUACUUGAAGGGUGAGAAUCCCUUCACAGAUGACCCAGAAGAAAAAGAGGAGCAUGAGGAAGGAGAAGGGGGAGCCAGUGGAAACGCGGAGGAAGGAACAGCUGAAGGGGCCGAUGAAAACAAGGAUGAUGAGGAAAAUCAGGAGGAAGAAAACCUGGAUGAUGAAAACAAGGAUCAUGAAGAGAACCCCGAAGCGGAAGGAGCUGAAAAUGAGGGGGAGCAAGAGGAGACAGGGACAGAGACAGAGGUAGAGGCACAGCCAGAAGCACAAACACCGGUGGAACUGGACGCAGAAGACAUGGAGGAGCAGACUUCACAAGCUGCGGAGGAAUCCCUCCCCGAGGAAGAAGAGCAGCAACUGGUAGAAGGCGAAGAGGAAGAAUGCCAAGAAGCAGAUGCUGCACAAGAGGAUGAGCAGGCCGAGUAAACUCUGGGGAAGCCGAUGUGUAUAAGACCUGACGUCCAUUUUUUGGUUUUUGUUUUUUUUAACAUAACUGUACCUGUGAAUUUCAUAGCACAUAUUUUGGGUUAUCAUUCUACUAAACUCACGUAGGCAGUGGAAGCCUUUAUCUGUAAAGUGAUUUUUGGAAAAUAGAUUUUUUUUUUUUUUUUUUACACACCAAAUCUUCAUUUUCAGUAGCUAGGUUUUGUGCAGUCUCUGUUUUUAGAUGGCUCUGUACUAGGAGAAUUUCCUUUUGAGCAUGUGUACAAACCAGUGCUACAUCACAAUCUGGCAAAUUAAACCUCACCUCUUCCCCAUGAAACUUUUAUAUAUUUAACAAAGAUGUGGUUUGCCCCCUUAGCCUGUCUGUCUGGAAACAUCAGGAGUUCGGUUCCGGGGUUUUAAUUUCUGCAGUGUAUGCUGUAAGGUUCUGCAUAAUUUCCAUGUGAGUGUACUACUCCUCCCCAUGUUUUACUCUUUCUUUUAAUGCAGAGCAAAACUAAGUGGUGUCAACAUUGUAUUGUUUGUAAAAUGCUUUCAUUUAAAGGUGAAUGUUUGGUGGGUGGAGAUAAAGGACUACCUUGAGAUUA